AUGGGGGAAGAGAAGAGUGGGAAGAGGUGGGAGAGGGGAGUGAGAACAGGAUUCACGGAUGACAAGGCAAAGGAGAGUGAUGAUUGGAACGCCGGGUGUGGCGGCGGUGCUGCAGGUGGUGGCGCAGGUGGUUUCUCAGGUGCUUUUGGUGCUGGGGCAGGUGGUAUUUCAGGUGCUAUUGGUGCUGGCGCAAGUGGUAUUUCAGGUGCUUUUGGUGCUGGCGCAGGUGGUAUUUCAGGUGCUUUUGGUGCUGGUGCAGGUGGUUUUUCAGGUGGUGGUUGUAACGGUGGUGGUUUGACUGGUGGGGGUUCUGGCGUGGGAGAGUUGGGCUGGGAGGGAGGAGAGAAAUGGGAGGAGAAGAGGGGAAGUCUGGAGGAGGACAAGGAGGAGGAGGGUGCGGAGGGGGAUGUGGAGGGGGGUGCAGAGGGGGAUGCGGAGGGGGGAGAGGAGGGGGAUGGGGAGGGGAGAGAACGGGAGCUGGGAGGACAGGGCCAAGGGUGA